UGUAGAUGUAUGGUCAGGUCGGUGAGGUGUAGAGGUGUGAGGAGCGGCGCUGUCCACGGUGCUGAUCACUCCCUCAUCAACUCUGACAUGAGUGUUGAUUCAACUUAUAAAGGCUUCAGUGCUCAGUUCUGAAAGCCCUGCUCUUAGCAGAAAGGAAAACUGGCACCUCAGAUCUAAAUGGGCUGUUUCACCUCAAUCCCUUUUGUUUAAAACAUUGUGAACUUCCAUUUGCAUGCAACAACAUUAACACCUUCUGCAAGUCUUUUUUUUUCAGUUUGUCUUAUUGUUUUUGUAUUGUGAAAGCUGCCUUACAUUUAAUAAAAUUUCUUUCAUUUUUAUUUUAAUUGUAGUACAGGUAUAUGAAUCAAAGUGAAUUAUCAAUUGUUUAAUCAUUAAAUGCAAAUUUCUCUGUAUUUAUGUGAAAUAGCUGGGUUAAUUGUUGAAUGAGUGCUGAUGACUGUUUUGAGGAAGUCAACAAUGUAAAAUUUUUCACUUUGGUAUGUUGAACUUUUUCGUGGCUCUUUCAGCAUCAGCAUUACCGUAAAAAGAAAGAAAAAGAGGAAGGAGGGCUAUUUUCGCCAGUGCCAUGUGAAUGUCACAUUGACUUGAGUUUCCUCAGUUUUCAGUGACCUUUCAUAUUUCUCUUCAGUUCAGCUCCCGUCUGAUUUAAUGGAUCAGCGCAGAUGCAAUGAGGUUUGACUGACUCAGGCAUUUAGUCAGAUAUUUUAAUCAGGGUUUGUGUUGAGUUAAGCUCUAUAGCUUGCUGUGACCGGAGGAGGAGCGUCUCACACUCAGACAGAGGAAGUGAAGAGAGACCGGAUGUCUGAUAAUAAUAAGCAUUGCAUAUAAUACAUCAACUGUCACUUUUACAUGACACUCAAACCCUGCAGAUCAAACGAGAAUGUUCUGUCUUUUUUCAUUGGUUUCUCUGCUCAUGAUUCCUGUGAUCUGCAGCAAGGAAUGGGAUAUUAACUACUCCAGUAUGACAAAAUGUGCUCUAAAGGGUUCAACAAUAACUUUAUCAGGCAUUUAUAAACACCCAAAUCAUCUCACAGUGACAGAGAUAUUCUGGACUGUAAACCCAUCUAAAGGCAAUAGUAUCAAUCUGAUGACUCUUCCAGAUUACAGAGACAGAGUUCAGUACUUCCAGAAUAAAGAAAACAGAAUCUUCUUUCUCAAACUCAGUAAUGUGACACACACAGAUGAAGGAAUGUACUGCCUCAGAAUUUUGGCAGAUGUACAAGAACAAAGUUAUCUGUUUCAUCCUGGGCCUGAGCUCAAAGUGACAGAUCUCAGAGUGGAGGUUCCUGCAGAGAUCAUUGAGGGAGCAUCACCUGUAUUAUUUUGUAAGACCACCUGUUACCUCUCAGAUAAAACAGACUUCACCUGGUAUAAAAAUGGCAAGCGUUUAUCAGACUCGAUCGUCUCGGAUCAGCUGUUGCUGCGGUCGGUCAGCAGAGAUGAUACGGGAAACUACAGCUGUGCACCGAGAGAUCAGAAACAUCUGUCGUCUCCUGCCGUCACUCUCAGCGUCAGAUAUCCUCCAAAGAGCGUCUCAGUGUCCAUCAGUCCGUCUGUAAUAGUGGAGGGAGAUUCAGUGACUCUGAUCUGCAGCAGUGACUCAAACCCUCCUGCUCUCAUCUUCAGAUGGUUUAAGGAGAAUCAAAGCUCAUCUGUUGGAUCUGGACAGAGUUUCAUCAUCUCCAGCUUUAACUCCAGUCACAGCGGACGCUACUCUUGUGAGGCUCAGAAUCAACAUGGAUCUCAGAGAUCAGACUCUGUGUCUGUAAUAUCUGCAGGUGGCCAGAAUACACCUCAAUCUGGACAUGUUCUGUCUGCAGCUGCUGGAAUCUGUGCUGCACUCAUCUGCAUCUGUAUCGUUAUUGUAGUAAUACAAGUCAUAAGGAAAACAGGAGACUCCGGCGUCCUAGGUGGCAUUUCAAGACAGGAAAGCAACAGCACAGCCGUGACUGACCAGAUGACCACACAUCCUUCAGAAGCAGCUGAUCCUUAUGAUUUUAUGUACGCCAGCAUCUCUCACAAGAAACCCAGAAAGCACCAGAGAGCUGAAGAGGAAGACGAGGUUCAGUACGCCAGCGUCCAGCACUACAGAAACACCAGGAACGUGACUGCGGAGGACAGAUGUCAGUAUGGAGAUGUGAGAGAUCACCGUCCUGCUGUUUCUGCCGGAUCAAAUGCUGAAAUUGCGGAUGAUUCCUCUGUGAUCUACAGCAGCGUUAAAGUUGCAUGAAGAAAUGUAGCAUGUGAUCACUGAAACUGCUCCUCCCUUUUCCUCCACCGAAGUCAGCAUGAAAGAGUGACUAAAAAUGAAUUCUGCUUAACAAACAAGACUUUGUUAUCCAUGGAAUAUAAAUGGAUGGAUAGUUCACAGUAAGAAAUAAAUAAGGUCAAUUUUAAUUUUUCAUUUGUGUUGAUGUUUGUUGAAAGGUGUUUGUGUGACCAUGUACAGUGACUAUAAACACAUUUGUGUAAGAGACAGGAAGUGUAACUUAGAGCUGUAAGCAAGCCUAAGCAAAAUAUCAAUAUCUGAAAGGAGGAGAGGCUUCAUUACACUGGAUAAACAGCUUUUUUGAGUCAUUUAAUGAAUUGACAUCCUAUCGCUAAUCUUUGCCAUUAUAUGUUCUUUUUUUUCUCUCUCAAAGCAAACAUGUUUCACAUUCUCACACAAAUCUUUAACAAUAGUGGGGAUGAUGCUUUCAUUUGCUUUUAAAGGAUGCAUGCAUGUUUUUGAGCUCUUCGUGUUGCUGUUUGAAACUCUAUAUUGUAUAUAUUUCUAAAGGCGAAUUGACUUGUUGAGAAAAGGGUGCAAACACAGAGAAAAAGGAAGUAUGGCGUUAAUUUUAGGUGUGAUACCUAUUAAUAGUUCAGCAGUUUAACACUUAACACUGUCAUCAUUUGCUAUCUGUUACCAUUCACAGUGAGACAAGGUGUUAGAAUUGUGUAGAAAAGACUGAGUAAACAAUAAAAUAAUGUCUGUGUUUGGUGAAUGCUGUUUUGGAGUUUAAUAACUUUUGUUGAUCCUGUAAAAAUAAAUACGAGUGAAGCUCUUUAAACCAGUGCUUCUCAAUCGAGGCCCCAGUGAUCCUCCAGGCCUGUAGUAAGUGUCAAAAAAGGGUCAAAGCUCCAAGGCUCCGCUCAAACAACUGUUAUGAAAGUAAAGGGGUAGAAAACUGGAGGUACACAAGCUUUUAAUUUUCUUCCUGUUGGCCACUACUUAAUAAAACAUAGCUAUUUUGUGAUAUUAUGAGCAGAGUUGCUACGGUUGAGGUGGUGGAUGUUUACCAAAAGUAUUGUAAUGUAAGGAUAGUUAUCCUCAAGUUGCGAUGGACAGAUGUGUCAUAUCUAGAGCGAUUUGUCAUGUGAAGUUGAUAUUCACAAAAUGCUUUACACUGAAGGUGUUGCAUGCUGCUCACAACAAGGCAGCACUGAAACGCAAAGAUAAAGAGGAAGAGACACACAGAAGUGUAAUGCUCUCCAGCAUUGCCACACCUUUAGUUAAGGAUUAAAUCUAUUAAGUAAGCAAUAUGUAUUAUGAACUAAACAUUCUCACACGCAUUUUCACAUUUGUAGCAGGUGUCUGGCUUUACAAAAGGAGCAACAUAAUAGAGUUUGUUGAGACACUGUUACAUUCACUGACUUUCUGUUUCCUUAUUUGGUCAUUUUCCUGUUCUUGUUUGGUCACUUCAUCUACAGCGAUAUCAUUGACUUGCAAAUUAAUGCACAGACACUGUUUAAACUGAACAGAGAUGACUUCACUGAAUUCAAUGAUGAACUGCCUUUAACUGUCAUUUUGCAUUAUUGACACACUGUUUUCCUAAUGAGUGUUGUUCAGUUGCUUUGAUGCAAUAUAUUUUGUUUAAAGCGAUAUAUAAAUAAAGGUGACUUAACUUGACAUGACUUGGUUAAUUGAUUAAUCCACACCUGUCUCCAUUCACCUGAUUUCUCCCCUCGUGCUUAAAUACCCUUUCUUUUGAGUUCCUCCUGGUCCGUGAUUGAGUUACUAUUGUAAUUUAUUGUUAUUGUAUAGUUAUGUUGGAUGUGCCCUUAUUCUCCUGUGAUCAUUA